UGUCCGGUAGGCGGCAGUGAUGCGCCGCUGAUCCUGCGUCAGACUCGUCUCGAGCGGAAAAAGGAAGUGACAUUUUCAAGUGUCCUUGUGCUUGCUGCGGCUUCCUGAACGUUUGCGGUCUGAAGAAGAAACUAUCACCAUGUUUAGACACUUAAGGACCCUGCAGCAGGUCUCGAGACGGACCCUGUCCAGUUCUGCGCGCGCACAGCUGGAGAAUAAAGUCCCUCACAAGCAGAAGUUGUUUCAGGAAGACAAUGGCAUGCCGGUUCAUUUGAAGGGAGGCACUACAGAUGCUCUCCUGUACAGAGCGACGAUGGCUCUUACUGUCUUUGGGUGUGGUUAUGUGCUGUAUGCACUGAUCGAUGCAGCGCUGCCCAAGAAGAAGGCUUGAACAUGCCCCUCUGUUCAUCUGUCUGAAUUUUAAAGAUCUCUAAUCCUCAGAAUUAUAUGUCCUGUCAGUUAUUUUUAUUACAUUGUAUUAAUAUUUAUUGAUUGUACUGUAGAGCACAAUCAUUAAUUAUGUAAUAAAACAAUCCACUGGCA